UAUCAUCAAAUAUGGGCACGAAUACUAUAUCUAGGCCUUUCCUAUGGGAGUUGUUAUUGUUCACCAUUCUUGGAGGCUUUCCGUUUUCUGCUCAAGGAAUUCCCUUCCAAGCUGGAAAUCUGAACAUAUCAAAGACCUUACAGGACUGGAGCUGUAGCAGUGGGUGUACGCCUUCUUUUCACUGUCGGUUGCCGCGCUGUACGAACGUUGUGUUCCCUACUGCUUUUAGUGGAUCAGGGAGGGUCCAAGUUUACGUGACGGUUAGCCAUGAUGAGAAGUUUUCGCGUGUCCAUUCACCCUCAGCUGUGUGGGUUCAGUCCGUCACUACACGUGGCUUUGAGGUGUGUGCACGUGAGUCAGGCAUUGGAUCAAAUGGAACAGGAAUUAUCAACUGGUUGGCUUUCCAAGGUCAUCCACAAAUGACGCGUGGUAGCGUUACUUUUAGCGGAAUAUGGACAACGGAAACAAAAUGCGACAAGAUAAAUUUAUCUCAGGGAUUUGUUGGAACACCUCACGUCUUUGUGUCAGCAAAGUAUACACGAGACACAAAGCCAGAUGAUGCCAUGUACAUUUGGUUAGAAAAUGUCAGUUCUAAAAGUUUCGAGGUUUGCAUACGUGAAUUCUUACCGUUUGACGGGAAACAUCAAGACACAGUUGUGGACUGGUUUGCGUUCACUGGUAAUGGUUCUGAGUUCAACUUUUCGAGAGCAGGUGAAGUGAAUUUCCCAAAUAGUGGCAUCCCUAAAGCUGAAAAUAACUAUGGUUUCUGCCAGAAAGCGCACUUCAACACCACCUUUUAUGCAUCACCAAUUGUUCUUAUUUCUGUCCAUCACUUCUACAACCCUCAAGUCAGUGUGAAGAGUUCCAGUUCCCCAGAAAAUAACAUUGUUACAGCAUGGGUCGAGGAAAUCGGUCUAACAUCUAUGACGAUUUGUGUUAAAGACUUAAGCGGAACUGGAAGUAAACAUGAUCCACUUUCCGUGAGCUAUGUCGUUAUUGGAGACAUAGAUCCAUGCCUUGGCGUUUACUGCCCAUCUUUUGGAGUUUGCAAAACUUACAGCGCCCAUGAAGCUCGCUGUGUGUGUAAUGAUAGUUGUCCGUCUUAUCAAGAUCCGGUGUGUAGCGCAAACGGAACAACGUACAACAAUGAAUGUCGGUAUAAGUUGAGCUACUGCAGGGGACUGGACAAUAAUACGAUGUACCAUCCAGGAAGCUGUGAGGGUUUUCCAUUCCUGCGCGGCCGUGUUGAACUCCUUCACGUUCCAAAAUGGUCUGAGUCAGGCUGUAAGACAGUCAUUUUCCCGCCAUACCGAUUUUACCCAAACAAAGACGUCCACGUUCAACUUACCGUGAACCACAUCAACCUAAAUGACUCCGUGACAGUACAUCACGCAAUCACUUUAUGGACAGAAAACGUCAACACUCAAAAUUUCACAGUCUGCGCCAUGCAAGCCGGAAGGAAUGGAAACAGCUUUAACCCAUUUGCGACUGUGGACUGGAUGGCCUACCAAGGAGCACCGAUAAAUGCGGUGGGUGGAAAAAUUAAGGUUCAAAAAUGGUGGUCUGGGACCAAAUGCGAAGAUGUGACCUUUCCAAAGGACAUGUUUAAGGAAGAUCCAGUAACUCUUGUGACGGCUGAACACGUAAGGACUGGAAAAAAGUACGAUGCUGCUUUAAUAUGGACAGAGGAUACAACCAAAACCUCAUUUAAAGUUUGCCUCCGUGAAAUGCAAAACUUUGAUGGAAAACACGAA